AUGACUACAAUCAACGUUUUUAGAUAUACCCUAAUCGUUGUAACUCUUCUUCUUACGUCGAACUCAACCAUGGCUUGGAAGUCGAGCGGUAGCACACAUACAGAACUUAUAAACAAUCUAUUCAGAAAUCGAGUAAUAUCAUCUGAGAUUGUCAGGAAUACUAUGCUUUCCGUGGAUCGUGGGUACUUCGCCAAAUCAAAUUCUUACGAAGACCGACCAUCUUCUAUCGGCUAUGCCGCGACUAUCAGUGCUCCUCAUAUGCAUGCUUAUGCUCUGGAAGCAUUAAGAGAUCAUCUCAAACCUGGUGCCCAUGCUUUAGAUGUUGGAUCAGGUAGUGGAUAUUUAACGGCGUGUAUGGCUCUGAUGGUAGGCCCUACAGGUGUUGCUGUAGGCAUAGAACAUAUUGAUGAGUUGACUAAAUUUUCUCUGUCAAAUGUUGAAAAUUGGUUUAAUCAUAGCCAAAAUGCCCGAUUAUCUGGAAUUGAAUUAGGAAAACAACUUAAACUUGUUACUGGUGAUGGUCGUGAAGGAUGGCCGUCAGAUGCACCUUAUGAUGCAAUUCACGUAGGUGCAGCGGCUCCAGUUAUUCCUAAUGCACUAAAAGAACAAUUGAAAAUUGGUGGUCGUUUAAUUUGUCCUGAAGGACCAGAAGGUGGAAAUCAAGCAUUAGUUCAAAUUGAUCGUUUGCAAGAUGGCUCCUUUCAAAGAAAAUCUUUAAUGGGUGUGAUUUAUGUUCCGUUAACCGAUAAAGAUCGACAAGUUGGACCGAGGCGGUGGCAUUAAAUCUCAUCAUUUUUCUUAACUACUGUUAUUAAUUUGUUUUGUUUUUUCGCUCACAGAGAUCAACCAAUCAUUAUCAUUUCAUCACCAACACAAUCAUCACCCAUGCAUAUUUCUUACCAUAAAAUAUUUACUGUAUUCUUAUGCUAUAUGAAUGUGAUUUCAUUGAUAAGGAGCACUGUUAAGUAAUUGACAGCUUCAAUAAUGAACACUAUUUGUUGUUUCUGUGUUAAAAUGUGAAAACCUAUUCUACUUUUUCUGGGGGGGGAGGUGAGAGAAACUAAACUAACAAAUCGUUUUUACUCAAUGUGCUUCUUUACAAGUUACUAUACCUCACCAUGAUUUCGGUCUGCAUUUAAAUCAUGUUUUCAUUAAUGAGAAUGAUUAUAUUAUUAUCAGUUCGAUCUCUAUUGUUUUCAUGUCCUCUCGGGGUUACCGCCUCCUCCCCCCAAUAUUCAUCUUACUUUUUUGUCUAUUGGCUAGUUAUUGCUACUAAUUAUCUUCAUAUUCAUGUAGUAAUUGAUUAAAUAUUUUUUUUACUGAAAAAACUUAUUAUAGAGACAUAAGAUGACUUAUUUAUAUAUACAUUAUCAUUUUGACAUUUUAUGAUGACAUAAAUUAUUUAUUUUAACCUGUCGCAUUAAUGAUGUGUUUUAUUUAUCUUUUCUGCAUUCUUUUCAUCGCUUCCAAGUCUAUCAUGAAAAUGUAUAUGUGUGUGCAUGCACGUUUUUAGAGGUUUGACAUAUGCUUUAUUAUACGCUUUGUAACCAAAAAAAUAGUUGAUAUGUCG